AUGGCACCAAAGCGUGCUCAAGACUCAGAGUCGUCUCGUACGCCAGAAGGCAACCCCGCCAAACGCCAAAAAGCUAGUAGAGCGUGUGCUACAUGCCGAAAAACAAAGAGUCGCUGCGAGCUGCUUGAUGUAGCCCCUGGACCCAACGGACGACUACAAUGCCACCGUUGUAAAGUCCUGGAUAUCGAAUGCUCGUUCCAUAACUCAGACAUAAUCAUCGUCGCGAGACACAACGAUGCCGCUAGCAGUCCUGCUCAGGCUGGGCCAAGCACUCCAAGCCGACAAGUCUCAGCACAGUCGACACGGUCGUCACCCUCAACGGAACAGUUUGGCGUCCAGAAGGAUUCGACAUCAAAUGGUAAUCAUGAAGUUGAACUCCCUCCUGAGGGCCACGAGAGCUACGUCUUGGGCCCUUGGCGAUUGAUCGGUAUCGCAGACGACGCUCGCUGGACGAAAGAGCCUAUACUAGCGACCGAAGGAAUUCUGCCGCCACUUCCUGCACACGAAAUCAACGGUUCAACAAAUCACCACUCCCAAAAUGAUACCCUUACAUCCAUCCUUCCUCAUAAUCGAAUUCGUUACCUGAUAGAUAUUUUCGAGACGCGAUACAGACCAUGGAUGAACCUACCGUCAGCCGAUGUCAAUGAUGCGGCGUUGGACCUUGUCCGUUGCACGAUCGCCUCAAGACACCUCGAUUCUACCACACGACGCAAGGUUGCCCCCAGGCUUCAGGCACUGGUAGAGAGCACACUGCUCCAACCGGGAUACCCUCAUACAAAAUCCCCUGAAUUUAUCGAAGCGCUGCUUAUUCUAGCACUAUGGAUGCCCAUAUGCGGAUCUGGAUAUGCUAUCAAAAGAGACAGUCGUUUGCUGGCAUCGUCCGCGAUGCAAAUCGCGAUCAGUCUAGGGCUGAAUCAAUACGACAACAUCCAAGUGCUGCUGCCGCAUAAAGCACAAGGCAAUGCCGAUCUUGAAGUUGUCAGAAAGACGCGAUUGUGGUGCGCGGCAUCAAAUAUUGAACAUAUGCUCUUAUUUGGUACUGGCCGCGAUCCUCAAUCUCGGCGUACACUUGAGGAGCGCCGUACGGAUUAUACAGCGUCGUAUGUCACUUUGGACCCGCGAGAUGUACGGCUUGGAUUAUCGAGACGACUAUUCGACUUAACCGAUAUCGGUUCAAGCCUUCAUUGGGGACCCUCUAUUACCGAGCAAGAAAAUGCCAGCAAGGAAGUCAAUGACCUCCUUGCAUCUUAUAACUGGCUAUAUCGUCUCAUCAUCCCCCUACCAGUUAUCUUCCAGCUGGACGCAUUCUACUUCAGCAUGCUCGAAGUAUCCUAUCACGCAUACAAAAUGAAAAUAAUAUACAGAAAUCUAUUCGAGCUCAAAUCCCUCUUUAACCUCUCAAACAAGGAGUGGUUACGAUUUGAACUCAACGGCCUCCCUGUCGGUAUAGCAUGGGGGCGAGAACUACUCUCUCUAUCUGAAGCAACCCUCGUAUCACUCCUAUCACGACCCGACAUUGCCUCCCUCUCUACUGCUCCCGACUCUUACUUCCUCCUCGUCGCCUACGCUGGAUUGAGCCUUCUCACUACGAAGAUAGCUGUCCAUCACAUGGGUUUCUCGUCGGUUGCCGAUCACGGAGACGUCUUACUGGACAAUACGACGGAUAGGCUUCAACAGGCUGCCCUUUCGCCCGACCAUAUGCCCGCGCGGUGCGCUGCCGCCCUACGACACUCCAUCGCCACCUGGGAUAAAGUAAGGGAGGAAGGUCCCCCCAAGAACAACAACUUCAAGGACAUGGUUCAAGAUAAGCCAAACAAUCCGUCGGAGCCUCAGUCUGAGCAAGCAACGCUGCCAUCGGGCGACGGCUUCUCCUCAGACGAUCCCUUCCCUUCAAUGUUCGAUCCAUUCUUCGGAACCAUGGGUAUGCUAGUAGACUUUGAUAACAUUGUUCGUGUCAAACUUCGCCGAACUAGUAUCGAAAUCUAG